GCCCCCAGGAGACCUAAGAUAUGGCACCCAAGAAGGCCAGGAGAAAGGCAGUGGCAGAGGGCGGAAGCUCCAAUGUCUUCUCCAUGUUCGAUCAGACCCAGAUCCAGGAGUUCAAGGAGGCCUUCACAGUAAUUGACCAGAAUCGUGAUGGCAUUAUCGACAAGGAGGACCUGCGGGACACCUUCGCAGCCAUGGGGCGUCUCAAUGUGAAGAAUGAGGAGCUAGAUGACAUGAUGAAGGAAGCCAGUGGGCCCAUCAACUUCACUGUCUUCCUGACCAUGUUUGGGGAGAAGCUCAAAGGUGCCGACCCUGAGGAUGUGAUCACUGGAGCCUUCAAGGUCCUGGACCCUGAGGGGAAGGGCACCAUCAAGAAGCAGUUCCUGGAGGAGCUGCUUACCACGCAGUGUGACCGCUUCACCCGCGAAGAGAUCACGAAUAUGUGGGCGGCCUUCCCCCCCGACGUGGGCGGCAACGUAGACUACAAGAACAUAUGCUACGUCAUCACGCAUGGCGACGCCAAGGACCAGGAGUAGCGGACCCUCUUAGGCCUCUGCUGGGCAACGCC